ACAAAAUCAAUGGCUUCUUCCACCCUCACCUCCCUCGCCGACCAGCCGGCUCUGCAGCCCUCUUUCAUCCGCGACGAAGACGAGCGUCCCAAAAUCCCUUACAACCAUUUCAGCGAUGAAGUUCCGAUCAUCUCCCUCGCCGGAAUCGACGACGUCACUGGCGGCCGCCGGGCUGAGAUUUGCCGUAAAAUCGUUGAGGCCUGUGAGGACUGGGGGAUAUUCCAAGUCGUCGAUCACGGCGUCGAUUCGGACCUUAUUUCUGAGAUGACUCGUUUGGCUAGAGAAUUCUUUGCCCUCCCGGCGGAGGAGAAGCUCCGGUUCGAUAUGUCCGGCGGUAAGAAGGGUGGAUUCAUCGUCUCUAGUCAUCUUAAGGGAGAAGUAGUUAAGGAUUGGCGUGAGAUAGUGACAUACUUUUCAUACCCAAUAAGAAAUCGGGAUUACACACGGUGGCCAGACAAGCCAGAGGGGUGGGCGACGAGGACGGCGGAGUACAGCGAGAAGCUGAUGGGGUUAGCCUGUAAGCUUUUGGAGGUUUUAUCGGAGGCGAUGGGUCUGGAGAAGGAGGCAUUGACAAAGGCGUGUGUGGACAUGGACCAAAAGAUCGUGGUCAAUUUCUACCCCAAAUGCGUUCAGCCCGAUCUCACUUUAGGGCUGAAGCGCCACACGGAUCCUGGAACCAUAACGCUCCUGCUGCAGGACCAGGUCGGCGGUCUUCAAGCCACCAAGGACGGUGGCAAGUCGUGGAUCACUGUUCGCCCAGUCCCAGGCGCGUUCGUCGUCAACUUGGGAGACCAUGGCCACUAUCUUAGCAAUGGGAGGUUCAAGAAUGCUGAUCACCAAGCAGUGGUGAACUCGAACACAAGUAGGCUAUCCAUAGCCACAUUUCAGAACCCUGCACCAGAAGCCAUUGUUUAUCCUUUGAAGGUCAGAGAAGGAGAGAAGCCCAUUCUUGAAAACCCCAUCACUUUCUCUCAGAUGUAUCAGACCAAGAUGAGCCGAGACCUUGAGCUUGCCAGGCUUAAGAAACAGGCCCAACAACAACAGGCCCAUUUUGAGCCCAAGCCCAAGCCCAAUGACAAAAUCUUUGCUUGAAACAAACUCUUCAUUAUCCCCCAUCUCUAUUAAAUAAUGUACUUCCGCCUUUCAAAUUUCGUAUUUAUUUUAUUUUCUAUGAAUUAAUGAUGAUUCUGGUCGGGGGACGGUUAUUCCCGUUUGAUAA